AUGGCGCACAACAUUGAUACAAAUCUUGUGCUUUUAAACAAGGUGAAAACUUGCAUUGGGGAAAGAAGCACAUACCUCAAGUGUGGAAGUAAGAAUUCUAAGAAAGCAUUAAUGGUAAUUAAAGAUGUGUGUGGAAGAGAAGCUGGAGUUUCAGAGUUUCACACCAACUUCAUCAGAAAAAAUUUAAGAAUCAAAGAGAGUGAAGAAGAGGCAUGCUCAAUUUCAAAGGAGAAAACUAAAACUCACUCUCCAAGGCAGCGCCACAUUCAAACUUGGACACUAACCAUAUAUAGCUACGUCCAUUAUGGGCCAAAACCGAAGUGCUAUGCAUAG